AUGUAUCCACCAUCACCUGCCACCAUUUACUGUAUCCGCUGGUCAUUCAUCAUCCGCCACUGGGCGUCCAUCAUCCGCCACUGGGCAUCCAUCAUCAUUUGCUGGGCAUCCACUGAGUACCGCCAUGUCUGUUGGGCGUCCACAAUCUCCCACCAGGCAUUGUGGUCUCUGUUGAUGCUCUGCCAUUUCACCACCAGUGCCUUCCAUGAGAAUGCUGCUUCCCUGGCUUGGGUGCUGUUACCUGGUGCUGCCCUCAAGAGAUCGCAUGAAACAAAAAAGGAAAAACUAGCCAACCUCAACCAACCAGCGCCCUGCCUGCUGGGGGCGCCGUCCUACUUCCUGUCGCACAAUCAUACACACAAAAGGCAGUGCGCCGGUGCCAGAGACCCGGAGCCGCCAUCGUCCACAGACGGGGGAGCGGGAAAUAUGGACGCGGCCUUCACAGAUAUGGAUUCGGGAGUCCCCGUGAAGUUCGAACUCCAGGAUGAGAUGUCUGGCUUUCAGGACAGCCUAGUCUUACCGGUAUCACCUCUGCCAAACCCACUGCCCUGGGACGUGUAUAUGCCGCAGAUGCCCAGACAAGGGAGCCCAGCCAGCAUGCUGACUGAAAUGGCGGCUGACGACCAGGGUGGCUUUGACGACUACGGCGGUAACCAACAGCAGCUGCUGCCGCCGCCACUGCAGCCGCUGCCACCACUGCUGCCGCCACCGCUGCCGUCGCCACCGCUGCCGCUGCCGUCGCCACCGCUGCCGCUGCCGCUGCCGUCGCCACCGCUGCCGCUGCCGUCGCCGCCGCUGUUGCCGCCGCCACUGCAGCCGCCGCCGCCGCUGUUGCCGCCGCCACUGCAGCCGCCGCCGCCGCUGUUGCCGCCGCCACUGCAGCCGCCGCCGCCGCUGUUGCCGCCGCCACUGCAGCCGCCGCCGCCACUGCAGCCGCCGCAACAGCAAAUCAAGUGCAUGGUGUGCAGGGACAAGGCAAGCGGCAAGCACUACGGCCAGUUCACGUGCGAGGGCUGCAAGAGCUUCUUCAAGCGCAGCGUGGCGAAGAACCUGAGCUUCAGAUGCCUAGCCAACCGAGACUGUCGAGUCAGUCAGCACCGUCGCAACCGGUGCCAGUACUGCCGCUUCAGAAAGUGCCUCGACGUCGGUAUGAAACCAGAAGCAGUGCAGAGCAACAGGAGACCGCCCACCCAGCCAGCCCACGGGCCACCUGCGCCGACCACCCGGCAACCCUCCGACUGCUAUCCGAACCUGUCUGGGUAUGUUUCUCUGCUCCUCAGCGCGGAGCCCAACCCCUUGCCUUGGUCAAGCUGCCAGUUCACACCGCCCAACACCAUCCUCAGCCUCGAGGACAUUUGCGAACAGGCUGCGCGGAUGCUCUUCGGCGCCGUGGAAUGGGCCCGGAACAUACCCUUCUUCCCGGCCCUGCCCAUCAGCGACCAGGUGGCCAUGCUUCGCCUUACCUGGUGCGAGCUGUUCAUGCUGAACUGGGCGCAGUGCGCCAUGCCACUCCACGUGGUCUCGUUCCUGGCCUCGACCUGCUUACACAACACGCCCAUGUCUUCGGACCAAGUUGCCGUCUUUAUGGACAACGUCCGGAUCUUCCAAGAGCAAACCGAGAAGCUCAAAGCUCUGCAAGUCGACCCCACCGAGUACAGCUGCCUCAAGGCCAUCGUCCUGUUCACUUCAGACGCCAGCGGUCUCUCCGAUGCGGCGCAAGUGGAAAGCUUGCAAGAGAAGUCCCAGUGCGCCCUGGAGCAACACGUUAGGAACCAGUACAACGACCAACCAACGCGGUUCGGAAAGCUUUUGCUUCGCCUCCCUUCCUUCCGCACCGUGUCCUCCGCAGUCAUAGAGCAGUUAUUUUUCAUCCACCUGGUAGGUAAAACCCCCAUCAAAACCCUCAUCCGGGGUAUGUUACUGUCAGGUAACAGUUACAGCAGUAAUAACUAGCCGUGCGUGGCACUUCAAAAAAUAAGUCAAAAUAAGAAUGGGGCAGGGGGCCGAAACGGAGAGAGCAAAAAGGUAGACUGGUUUCUUUGCUUAAUACUGGUAAAGGAUAUAAAAGGGACGUUACAAGUUUGCCAGAAGAAGGGAGGGAAAGAAUUUAAUGGACUGUGAGUUUGAAAAAAAAAAAAGAGACUGUCAAAUGAACUUUUACAGAAUACCAAAAAAACCCCCACAAAACACCAAAAAACAAACAAAAAUAAAACACACACACACACACACACACACACACACACACACACACAAAACCGAAAAAUUCCUAUGUCGGAACAGCCUGCUACUUAUUUUUGUAUAAAAAGGAAAUUAGUCUUGCUCUUGUUUUGGUAAACUUGUGAAAAAUAUUGCCCAAAGCGCCUUUAAGGAGAUUGGGAGAAAAUGUGCAGAAUGGAGAGAAAGUAAGCCUUUUUCCCCCAAAUUAUUAACUGUGUUUUAUCUAUGUUCCUCGAGCUGUUCUCUUCUUGUACUGUUCUAGUUCCAAACCACUUUAUUCUGUGGCUCUAUAAUACGUUUGGAUAUAAUCUUGGUUUCUUAAAAUGCUGUGUAUCCUUAAAAUGUAUGUUCUGCAAGAAUUAAAACUGAGUCCAUGAAAAUAUCACAGGAAGACAUAAAACUUUGAGAGGCAAUUGCAAGAUGAUAGAAACACACAAGUGGUAUCCAAAAACUUUAGAUGAAAUCGAGCACUCUAAUUUGAGAACUGGAGGAAUCACAUACAACCCUUAGCUUCCCUUAACCCUGCCUCUUCCCUCAAAAGACACUAUGACAAACCUAGAUUUUUAAAAACGCUUUAGAGAAUGGACUGUAGGAUUUAUUGGCAGCAACAAAUGUGUCCAAGACGCAUGCUGUCGUUUUGAAUAGAAAGUGAACGUUUGUACUUGGAGUUGAGCCCCAUUUAGUUCUUGAAUUGUUAUGGAAAUCCUACAUUUGUGUAUUCGGAAAUCCUUUAUGUUAUCAAUGCUGAUAUCAUCCGCCCCCUUUUUUUUUUAAAGAAAUGUAGUUGAAAUCAGCAUGACAGAAUAAUACUGUUGGCACUUAUAGGUAACAUGAUUCAUUCGGUAUCUUCGAGUUUACAGUUAGGUUUUGUUUUGUUUUUUUUAAGUGCAAUAUGUCAGUAUACUGUAAAAGAUAUAAUAACUGAAUUAUUUGAUCAAGUGUUAUAUUCCAGGGGAAAAUGAGAUUAUUACAAAAUUAAAGUAUUAUUGAUUUGGUAUCUUAAAAAAAAUAAUCUUUUGCUGAGCAGGCCUAUACCCCAAAUGAGAGUAAACCAUAUAUCCUAGGCCCGAUCACCCAGAGGAUUCCAUACAACACAAACCCAUCCGUUUUGAAAGAGCCUUCCAAAAUUUCAUGGAAACAAAUAAGUAGACACAAUGCAUCAAUUUCUACACGCAGAGAAAUUUCCUUCAGAAUUGUAUCUUUGGGUUUUAAGAAAGUAGAAAAUAGGGAAGGAUGAUGACAAGCAAGUCAUGAAAAACUGGGGAACAAAAAUCUCUGUGUGAUCUCCCAGGUCAGAAAGAUCUACUUGUUGGUAUGGGGUAAAAAAUAUGAAUAAAAAUUUACAAAUGCCUGAGAGAAAUCAUCUCAAGUAUAAGCGAUUGAACUGAGUUACAAAAUCUGGAAGAAGAAAGUUACAAAAUGGCUGUGCAGUUUUGGUCCAAAAGGUGCUACCUUUGUCUAAUGUUUCAGAGCCAGAGUUUUAUGCAGAAAUGAACACAUCAAAGCUAAUUUUUUUUAAUUGCCGUGUAAAGUGAGGUACGACAUUAGUUUUGUGCGUCUGACGUGAUGAUCUCACAUCUUUACCAACCAACACUUGUUAUUUUUUGUCUUUUUGAUAAUAGCCGUUUUGACAAUUGGGAGGUGACAGCUCACUGUAGUUUUGAGUCAUAUGUCCUUAAUGAUAUGUGAUGCUGAGCAUCUUUCCAUCCACCUGUUGGCCAUCUGUAUGCUUCGGUGGGAAAAGGUCUAUUCCCACAGAAUAGAAUAUUCUGUUCUGCUUGCUUUUGAACCACAUUGCUUGGGUUUUUGUUGUUGUUGUUGAGUAAUAGGAGUUCUUUAACUAUUUUGAUAAUAACCCCUUCAUAGAUAUAUGAUUUGCAAGUAUCUUUUCCCAUUCAGUAGGUUCCUUUUUUAUUUUGCUUGAUGGCUUCUUAUCUAACCGUGCACAAGCUUUUUGGUUUAAUGUGGUCCCAUUUGUUUAUUUUUGCUUUUGUUGCCAUUACUUCUAUAGUCAGAAAUGACAAAAUGAUAUUGUCAAGGAACUUAUCACCUAUAUUUUUUUCUAGUUUUAUGAUUUCUGAUCUUACAUUCAAAUUUUUCAUCCAUUUUGAGUUCAUUUUUGUCCCCCAUUUGUUUUAAUGUGCAAAUAUUUGUUUACUGGACUUGGCAAAUGUAUUAUGGUAAGAUGCGACACGAACAAUGUGAAAAACUGGAUGGGAAUAUAUGAAAUCUCUAUUAUCGCUGCAACUUUUCUGUAUAUGAAAUUAUUCCCAAAAUAAAGUUCUGUAAAAUCUU